AUGCCGAGGAUGCUCGACUCCAUUACGAAAAAUGCUGUUCAUGACGCGCAGACCGCGCAUCAGGACUACGAGGCGGCGGAAGCUGAGGUGUAUUGGUCGGAACGAUACUUCAUGAUUGGAGAGAUUUCGGCUGCGAUGGUGAGUCAAGCCAAGACAACCCUAAGGUUCGCCACUGUCCGUGCUGAAUUUGCAGAUCAGAAAGUCACGAGACUACAUCAAGUUGUGCUGGAGACGAAGGAGAAGCUGGAGAAGGCGGAGAAGGAGUUUGCUGAUUAUCGUGCUCGUCAAGCCGUUCCGAAAUCGUCAUCGACUUUUGCUGGAUCUGACAGCGACGGGAGCCGGGCUCGAGCACGCGCGGGCACUGGACCCGAGUGGUAUGCUGAUGCUCCUCCUGGGAAAACCGGGAGCAGGGCGAGACCGAGGUUCUCCUCUACGGAGAGGGCGAAAGCGUAUACUGGGACUGCUCCGUCGAAGAAACAGAAGAAGGCGCAGAGGCGUGGGGAGGAGAGGAUGCCGGAAGAGGUGCCGAAGAAGCAUCCUCCACCCCCUUCACCGAAAGCAAAGUCGACGAAGCAACCCAGCUCCAAGCCAGAGAAGAUCACCGCCCUCAGCAUCAACGGCCUUUUUGCCACCGCCUCCCUAGCUUUCGCAGACUACAGCACUAUCACCGCCUUCCCGGACCCUCCCUCCGAACCAUGCCACAAUCUAUCCUGCAUGAAAAUAGCUCGCGCGCUCGAAGCCUGCCUCUGUAAUCUACGAAAGGUCUUCAAGAUGGUGGAGAAUCCGGGUAAGGAAAGACGUGCGUGGCAUCCGGAUCGCUUUGCUUGUGUACGCGAUCAUUCACAGGGUUUUCGGGAGGAGUGUCGGAGGAAGGCUGGGGAGGUGUUUGUGGGGUUGAGUGGCAUGAUAUACAUCACAGCCAUGCCCUUCAAACACUUCGAAAACGACCCGCGCUGGCACAAAGCCCAGAUCCUGCGCGCGAAACGACUAGUCCAAGCCGCCCAACUCCGCCACGACCGCGCCAUAUCCGACUCAAAAGAAGCAGAUGUUAUAAUCGCCGACGCCAAAGCUGGCCUCCAGAAAGCCCGGCGCUCGCACAGGGUAUCCAGACUCCCAGGCCCCUCCCUCGACGUCCAAGGCGCGGAGAACUUCGUCCGCAAAGCCGUAGCGAAUGCGGAAUUAUGGGAGGGCGCGAUCAGCACGCUCCUGUUUGAGGUGGAGAGGGCCGAGCGGUCAUUGAGAGAGGCUGAAAAGGGGUUGGGAAAGUGUUUGAGGAGGGCGAGGGAGGGCAGGGAUUGGGAUUCGGAGGAGGAGGCGGAGAGGGCGGCGGAGGAGAGCUGGGAGGAGCGGAGGUUCGAGGAGGAGGAGAGGAGACAGUAUGUGAAGGAGCGGCAACAGAGGCGGGACGAGGCUAGGGCUUAUGCUACGGGUGCUGGGGUGAAGGGGCAUGUCAUCACGCGUGCUGGAAUCGUCGCCUUUCACCAGAAGGCGAAGGAAGCCUUGGCUGGCUAUGGCUCCAUCCCUGUCUUCCCUGACCCGCCUUCGGAGCCUUGCGGGAAUGUCUCCUGCGCGGCUACGGCCCCGACUCGAGCGCUGCGGGCUUGCAGGUGCAACAUCAUGCGAGUCUUUUUCGGGAUCUCCGAUUUGAAGAAAGUGAGGCGGAGCUGGCAUCCCGAUCGCUUUUCCGCUGUGAAGCCAGAAGUUAGGGAGGAGUAUAAGAAGAAGGCUGGGGAGAUCUUUGUCGUUUUGAGUGAGAUGAUUUGGUGA